AAUUUCGCGAAGCAAUGGGGGUUUUCUAGAUUGGUGCAAGUGAUGUUAUAGCGUUCGCUUCGUGGUGCUUUAAACUUAGGGUUUUGAUUUGAUGUUCAAUUUGUUGAAUUGAAUUUGGUUUUAGUGUGUUCUGUUGCGGUUUGAUCUCUAGGGUUUUGGGGUUGGGGAAGUUGGGAUUUGGCUUUGCAUUGUGUGGUGUUUUGGUAUGUGAAAUUUGGGCAAAAGGGUAACGGUAUUUGGGUUCAAAAUUGUUGCUUUCUGUUGGGUUAAUGUUGUUGGGAUGGUUUGUGCUGCAUCUGGUUGUUGUGAUGUCCAGAGGUUGUUGUAGUUGAUUUGGGGUUGAAUGAUAUGGGGGAGGGGAAGUUUUGGCUUCUUUGGAAGCGGAAGUAGCUGCGAUUUGGCUCGAAUUGAGGCUGCUGUGUGUGGGUGGGUUGAAUUUUGAUUUGCUGGGCGGUGUAUGAUUCUGUUUAUUGAGAAAUGCAACCCCAGCUGAGCUCGAGAAUCAAUUUGGCCGAAUUGAAAGCGCAGAUUGUGAAGAGAAUUGGAACGGAUAAGUCUAAGCGGUACUUUUAUUACUUGAACCGUUUUCUGAGUCAGAAGCUGAGCAAGACUGAAUUCAACAGGUCAUGUUAUAGGGUGCUUGGCAGGGAGAAUAUUCCAUUACACAAUCACUUUAUAACGUCAAUUUUGAAGAAUGCCUACCAAGCCAAGACCCCACCACCGCCAGCCCAGUUGACAGGUCCUCCCAAAUUAGGAGCACUUGCCAAUAAUGUAUCUCCUGGAAGAGAGGAUGGACAUGAACAGAGUGUCACUAACUUCCAAACUCCGAAUGCUUCCAUUUGGUCCAAUGGGGUUUUGCCAGUUUCCCCACGUAAGUUAAGGUCUGGAGUGCAUCGCAAGCUUAAAGAUAGGCCAAGCCCCCUUGGACCAAAUGGAAAAGUUGAUUCAGUUGCUCAUCAAUCCACAGCUACAGAAGAUAGUGGUAGUAAGGUUGAUAUGGAGAAUGGAAUUCGUACUCCAUGUGAUUAUCAGAGAUCUAUGCAGCAUCUUCAGGCAGUUGAUGAGCUACCUGAGAAUGGUAUGGGGGAUGUUAUUCAAAUACCUGCACAAAAACCAAGAAUACAUGGCAAGGGGCCAACUGCAGUAUCAAUUGUUGAAGAUGGGGAAGAGGUGGAGCAGUUAAACCGCCUCAAUUUCUCUAGAAGUCCCUUGAUAGCACCGCUUGGGAUCCCUUAUUGCACUGCAAGUGUUGGUGGGGCCCGCAAAGCAUUGCCAGUGAAUAGCACUGGUGAUUUUAUUAGUUGUUGUGACAAUGGUAGGUUAUCUGAUACAGAUACAUUGAGAAAGCGCAUGGAGCAGAUCGCUACAGUGCAGGGUCUAGGAAGUGUUUCUAUGGAAUGUGCAAAUACAUUGAAUAAUGUUUUAGAUGUUUACUUGAAACGGUUGAUCAGAUCUUGUAUUGAUUUAGUGGGAGCUAGGUCUCCAAAUGAGCCAAGGAAACAACCUGUCUCGAAACAGCAGAUUCAGGGGAAAGUCAUUAAUGGUGUCUGGCCAAAUAAUCCUUUACAUGUGCAGAGUGCUUGUGGGAUGGCAGAACCCGAGCCUGAGCACAGAUCACCAGUCUCGGUAUCUUUACGUGAUUUUAAGGUUGCUAUGGAGCUAAAUCCACAGCAACUUGGAGAAGAUUGGCCGCUACAGUUGGAGAAAAUUUCUAUGCAAUCAUUUGAGGAAUAACACAUCUUUGAAGAUUUUUUAAGAAAAUAUUGGGUCUUCUUCUUCUGGUUCUGAUGGCUCGGCAAUGGUUGGUGAUCAUUGGCACACUUAACUCUGUUCUUAUUGCCAGGAUUAACCAGAUGACGCCCCAAAUGUCUUAUCUCUGCUAUUUGCAGGGUUAGGAUGAUUCGGAGAUUCAUUUAUCUGCAACCAAGGGUAGUACCAAAUGAGGCCCAGGAUUGGUUGCACUGUUGUAUGUUUAGCAUUGGUGUUGGCUGUAUUUAUCAUUGCUAGAGAUCUUAAGGCUUUUUGCUUGCUUUGCAGCCAAUGAGAAAGAAGACUCGGAAAGUUUUGCAGGGACACUGUUGCGUAGCUGGGAUCAAGGGACUAAGACAUGUAUAAGAACCGAAGGGUUGCUCUGUAUGUAUUUUUAGAAUAUGAGGAUUGAUUGAAUUCAAUAUUAAUAACAUGUCAAUUAAAUUUUCCUUCGAUGCUUUAACUCCAUGACUCCGAAUUUCACCAUUACCUGUAGUUAUUUUGUUUUCUAUUUUAUUCAUGAUGUCAACCUAUAACUCGCAUCACUUUUUAGUUCAAAUUAAUUUUGGUGACAAUAAAUGAAUUUCUAAUCAUGUUAGACUUUUAAAUUUUGACAUCAAUUAAUAUUCAGAGUCUUUUUUGUACGAAUGAUUAUUGAGAUAUUUUGUCUCUGUCAGAUUUGAGUAGUUUUAUGACAUGGCAUCUGAUAUCAGGAAUUAUUUUAUAGUUUAUGAAUUAUAAGCCUAAUGUCUUUGAAAAUUUAAUAGAACAACUUGGAGGGAAUGUUGGAUGCAUAUAACCACGAUCUUGCUAAUCAUCUUAUAACUGUUAAACAGUGUUCCAGAGUACAUAGUGACUGGUGAGUUUGUUAGUUACUUAGUUACUUGUUCAAAGUCUGACAAAUUGAUACUAGUUACCUCCAAAUGGCUUGUUGUUUAUGUUUCUCAUGUAUGGACUGGGGGUACAGGAAGAUGGUUAAAAUUUUGAAUCUCAACCAUUUGAAUUUGUUAAUUAUGCAAAGAAAUGAUCUGGUAACCAAUCUUCAGGUUCUUUCAGAAAAAAUGUCUUUGUUUUUACUUUUAAACAGUGAUUUUGCCAUUUCCCUUGGUUUUCUGCAAUGAUUCCAUUAAGCAACUGUGCAAUUUACAGAGAAAUGCAGAGAGAAUUAAGUUGUAAUGUGUAUACAGGUUUACAGGUUGGUGGAAGUUGUAAUAUUUGAGCCGUAGGAUGAAAAGCCAUUGAAUUUAACUCGGUGAAUUGGAAUGAAUAUGGAAAGGUUUGCAACACUGAAUAGAUAAGAAAUGUUCAUCUGUAAUUGAUAAGAAAUGUUCAUCUGUAAUUGAUAAGAAAUGUUCAUCUGUAUGCUUCUAGUAAGAUCACAUAAUUCGAAUACUAUUGAAUAUUAUACGAAUCUCUCAGUGGGUGUUUGGUUUAUUUUUCAUCUUAUCAUAAUUAGUUGAUAGUACCUUUUAUUAUAAUUAUAGCCACUUUGUUUUCAGGGUAGUAUUUUCACCAUAUACUGCAAAAUUCUGAAAGAAGAAAAUAGAAUAAUCUAAGGUGGCUUCUUUUGGUAUUAUAUAAUUUAAAAACAUGAAUGGAAUAAAUAAAUAACCAAAAGUACCCUCAAUUUUUUUGGGUCUUGCAUCAGGUAAUGAUCCUUGUUGGUCAACUUGUAACUGAUGGUUUGUGCUGUUUGUUGUUGCACUGAAACCCACCUCAUAAAUGGGCAGUUAAUUACUUUUCUGGGUUGGGAUUUUACUUUUCUUGACUAUUACCACUGACAAAUGUCCAAAGGAAAUAUGAAAGGCUAGACUAUUGUAUUGUAUAUACCUGUAUAGCAUGAUGGACUUGUGAAUGUAAUAACUGCUACAUACAAUACAUGUAUGCAAAUUACAGAGUACCAUGUGAACCUAACAUUGAAGAUUUGUGUUUAUUAUAUUCACACUGAAUCAUUUCAUGCUUAUUAUUUAGAAUAUUGAGGUUGCAUGUCGUUUGUAAUACUUUUGGUGUGUUAGUGGCUUUUGUGCUUUCCAUGUGGCAUUCUUCUGCAGUCACAUCGUAGUUUUGGAGGGUUUUAAAGGUAGCCAGGGGAAGCUUUGAAGGCAUAUUCAUGGUGGCUAUGUGGCAAACGACAUAACAUUAAUAGAGAGCAAAGAUCUGGGAAAAUUUGCAUGUACUAGUUUUGGCUAGUAACUUCUAAACCAUCAAAAUUUUGUAAAUAGUUGUUUUUAUCUAAUCUUUUUAACUUAAAGUUGAAAAGUGGAUUUUUGUCCAAGACCAAACUGUGCUAUAUUUUGGUACUUGGAAAUGUAUUGAAUCUAUUGAUUGACUGAAUUAAUUGAUGAAAUGUGCAAA